AUGAAGUUUCUUGUCUCAAUCGUGUUCCUUGUAAGUAUUUUUCUACAAUUUGAAAAAGGGCUAGGCUACAAGGAGUAUUUAUUCAAGAAUUGUGAAACUUCUGGGUUCUGUCAUAGAAAUAGACACUUUGCUGAUAGUAUUAAAGAAAAUCCUAAAUAUGAGUCAAAAUAUGCAAUAGAUCCACAGUCUAUACAUUCUGAGUCUGAGGAUUUCAUAGUAAGUGGGAAUAUUUUAAAGGAGGUUGCAGGAAUUGGCGAGGACAUUGUAUUACCAUUCGAAUUAUCUUUGUUGGAUAAGAACAAUAUAAGAAUCAAGGUAGAUGAAGAGCAAAGAAAGAAUAUUAAGUUGAGAAAUAAGCUUGUUAAUGUCAACAGAUAUAACGAAACCCCCAAUUGGUCGUUUCGGUCGCUGAAUUUAUCGUAUAAAAGUAAAUCUGGCACUAAGUAUAGCCAACAUAAAAAUAAGUUGGUGAUUGACUACGGGACUAAAUUGCAAUACAGAGCAGAGGUUUUAUAUAAACCAUUUAAGGUGGUUAUUUAUCGUGGAAAAGAAGUCCAAUUCAUACUUAAUGACAGAAAUUUCUUGAACUAUGAACACUGGAGACCUGAAUCAUCAAACGCAGCACAUUUGUCAAACGAAGAAACAGACUUCAACAUGUUCCAUGACGAUUUCCAUGAUGCUAGGAACGAUAGAAUACCAUUAGGUCCAGAAUCUAUUGGAUUGGAUUUCACUUUGAAAGGUUUCAAGCAUGUUUAUGGGAUUCCAGAGCAUGCAGAUGAUUUCAAUUUGAAGGAUACAACCGACUCAGAUUUGCCUUAUAGACUAUUUAAUGUUGAUAUAUUCGAAUACGAGACAAAUUCGAAGAUGCCAAUGUAUGGCUCAAUUCCAUUUUUAAUGGGACUGAAGCCUGGGGUAUCUAUAGGAUUAUUUUGGAUUAAUAGUGCUGAUACCUACGUGGACAUAGACAAAAGUUCAUCUGAUAAGGAUACAAAAACUCAUUGGAUUUCAGAAAACGGUAUACUAGAUGUAAUGAUUAUGAUUGCAGAAAGCCCAUGGGAAAUAAAUGAAAGUUAUGGUGCCAUUACUGGUUACGUUCAGUUGCCACAGUUAUUUGCAUUAGGUUAUCACCAAUGUAGAUGGAAUUAUAACGACGAAAAAGAUGUACUCGAGAUUAAUUCAUUAUUCGAUAAGCAUCAGAUACCGUAUGAUGUUAUUUGGUUGGAUGUUGAAUAUGCGGAUGCAAAGAAGUAUUUUACGUGGCAAUCUGAAAAGUUUCCUGACCCAGAAAGAAUGCUAGCAGAGUUAGAUCACACUGGUAGAAAUUUGGUUAUUAUUAUAGACCCACAUUUAAAGACGGACUAUCACAUAAGUGACCACGUUGAAAAGGAGGGAAUUAGCAUUAACGACCCAAGUAACAACACAUUUCAUGGUCAAUGCUGGCCAGGUGAAUCCGUUUGGAUUGAUACAAUGAAUCCGAAUUCGCAACCAUUUUGGGAUAAACAACAUGAAUAUUCUGCAGAGAAUGAAUUUAUGGGGAAAUUAUCUACAAAUAUACACAUUUGGAAUGAUAUGAACGAACCAUCAGUUUUCGAUGGUAUCGAAACCACAUCACCAAGAGACAAUAUUCAUUAUGGUAACUGGGAACAUAGGUCGGUUCAUAAUGUAUUUGGCUUAACAUUCCACGAAGCAACGUACAAUUCUAUGAUUAAGAGGUUAUCUACAACUGAUAGACAAAGACCUUUUAUAUUAACUAGAUCAUACUUUGCAGGUUCUCAGAGAACAGCAGCAAUGUGGUCGGGCGAUAAUAUGUCUAAAUGGGAAUAUUUAAAAGUUUCUAUUCCAAUGCUUCUAACUUCUGGGGUUGCGGGUAUGCCAUUCGGAGGUGCUGAUGUUGGUGGAUUUUUCGGGGAUCCUGCUAAAGAUUUGUUAACAAGAUGGUAUCAGACAGGUAUCUGGUACCCGUUCUUUAGAGCGCAUGCUCAUAUUGACUCUAGGAGAAGAGAACCGUGGGUUGCAGGUGAUCCGUACACCUCAAUAAUGCGAGAUGCCAUUAGAUUACGUUAUUCAUUAUUACCGAUUUUCUACACAAGUUUUUAUGAAUCAAGUAUUAGUGGUUACCCAGUAUUGAAGCCUUUAUUUUACGAAACGCCAGAUAAUUUAGAAAGUUAUGAUAUCGAAGACCAAUUUUUCUUGGGUGACUCAGGUUUAUUAAUUAAACCAAUUACAGUGGAAGACGCAAACAAUGUUGACAUUUACUUACCAGAUGAUGAAAUUUACUAUGAUUAUACGAGUGGUAAUAUUUCGAAUACAGUUCGAAAGUUUACAGGACCUGGCUUCAUUUCUAAAUCCAUCGGGUUAUCUGAUAUACCAAUUUUAUUGAAAGGUGGCUCCAUUAUUGCCAAGAAAGAUAGAUAUCGGAGAUCAUCCAAAUUGAUGGCCCGUGAUCCAUACACUUUAACUGUUGCAUUAGACAAUUCAGGUAAAGCUAGUGGAAAAUUGUAUAUUGAUGAUGGAGAGACUUUUAAUUAUGAACGAGGUGAAUAUGCGAAUGUUUAUUUUAGAGCAACAAGUAACUCAAUCAAGGGGGAAAUUAGAGGCCAGGAAGGAUUCGUCGAAAGCUUAGAUGACAUCUUCAUUGAAAAGAUUGUUGUAUUGAGUGUUAAGGAAUUAAGUUCAAUCAGAAUUCAGCAAAGUGGUUCUCAAUGGGAGAGUAAUUGCAGAUGUAUAGAUGGUAACUUGAUCAUUGAAAACCCAAAAUUAAAGUUGAAUUCUGAAUGGACCAUAGAAAUUAAUGAUACUAAAUUUACUGAAUCAAAUAUUAAAACUCCAUCUAAAAGUUCAAACAAAAGUUCCAAGUUAGACACAAAUUCAACUUCUUCUUUAUCUUCAACGACUAUUAUUUUCACCGCUAUAAUAGCUUUAGUCAUCGGCAUCAUUUUCUAUAAAUUGAGAAGUGGCGCCCGUGCUUAA